ACACCAUCAAAAGGAAUUUUGUUUCAUAUUUUUCGAACUAUCAAACCGAACACUGCUUUCAACAAGAGUUUUGUGCAGCCAGAAGUUGCGUUUGCUUUUCUUUUUUCGGUCCGUCUGUCACUGAUUGCGUGAAAUAGUCGCGGAAAUUACCCCGGAACGGAACAGGAAAUUGGACUGGGGACGGUUCUGUGCUUGGUUUUGGUGAAAGUGAAGGAUUAGAAGUGACACGGAGUGAAAUCUUGGCACACGAAGCGACAGGAGUGAUUGAAGGAAGGAAGAAGAAGAAGAAGAACACUGUCGGAGGAACGCAGAGUCGCGCACAGGAAGAAACACAAAAAGAUCCGUCAAUCGAACGUAAUUUUUGUGAUUUUCCCCCGUGGGGAAAGGUUCCAGGGAGGUCAAUUCGGUGCAAAAGGACGUGUCGGGCCGGGGAAGCGUGAAUCCGUUUCCCGUGCGCCAGCUAUGUGCAGUUAGCUGAUAGAGAACCUCUUACUAUGAAUGUUUUCAACCAAGUGAUACCUAGUAUGAAUCCGCAAGAACUUAGUACUAUGGUUUGGAUGGGACAGUUUGCUUCGCCACUGGAUGAAAACCUUGCCAACAUCUAUGGACAGCCAGUGCCCACCGUGAUGGACGACAUCUCGCAGCCGUCUCCUUCCCUGGAUUUGAACCCAGCAAUUGGAUCGUUGAUCGGGGAUUACAGCGGCCACGUAACGGCGAUCCCUACGCCCACGGGAGGAAUCACGACGAUUCCGAAUCCUGAUCUGGCCAUUACCAAUCCGGAACUGUUUAACCUCCAGCAGCAACAGUUGCAAUUGCAGCAACAACUUAGCUUGGGUAAUUACAGUUUUCUGGAGCAAAGUGGCCUAGCUGGACAAUUGGCUGGAGCAGGUGUUGGUUCAGGGGGCGUAGUUGGCGCCGAUGGUGAUGAUUCCACCGGCGCUACGAGAAUGAUCGACGACGAUGAUGAGGAUGAUCACCUGAACGAUGAAGAGCAUGCGAUGCAAACCUACGAACAGUACCAACGGAUGGUUGAAGCUGGAAGUGAAUUCCUUUCCGUCACCGGUCAGGAAAAUCUGCUAGGAUACAAGCUGAUGAACGAAGCUCAACUGCUGCAGCCCCAGGGAAGUUUUCUGGAUUACGAUGGUGGCGCCAAUGGGGACGGGUCAUCUAGUCCGAUUCACGAGGGAAUGAAAAUGGCCGGAAUGGCGGAACAGAUGGCCGCAGUUGCUAACGCGAUGGCGCCUGGUGCGUCGGGCAGGGGACACGGGGGCGGCGAUUCCAGUGGGCCAUCAGUACGCUUUACGAACAAGAAAAUCAAACCUGUAAAACGACCCGGGCUGGUACUGAAGACGCCAAUUGCCUACAAAGGUGAUAUCGAUCCGUCAGUGAUACCGAUUCAACGCGAUGGAAUGGCAAUUUGUGAAAAGUGUGGUGCAAUAGGCGUAAAACACUCGUUCUACACCAAGCAGCGCCGGUUCUGUAGCAUGACCUGUGCCCGUUCUUUCGACGCGUUACGUCUGUACAGCAGUUCGAACAACAGCUCUUCAUCGGCAACACUAACCAGUGGCAAAACGGCGACGACGAUAGGUAGUCUGGAAGAUAGCAUCCCAUCGCUGGCAACACCUUCGGCACUACCGCCCGAUCAGCUGAUAGACGACUCGGCAGACGAAGAAUCUUCCAACACGGCAACGGCAGCCGCCAUCGGAAGCGGCCACGACGUUGAUAUCGACAGUAAACAUCUCCUCCAGCAACAACUCGCCUUGCAACUCCAGCAACAACAACAACAACAACAGCAACAGCAGCAGCACCAUCAGCAACAACAAGCUAAACAACAACACCAACAACAGUUACAACAUCAGCAACAACUACAAGUACAAAACAUCAGCUAUAGAUUCAAGAUGUCUCAAGCUGGAAGCGACAAUAGCAAUCACGGUGUACAUAGCGACAAAUCAAUCAGCCACGAAAUAGUUCCCCAGGACGAGAUCCCGCAGCUCCCCCGGGGAACUAGAUUGCCUUCGCCCUGUCCGCAGGAUGAACGAAUCAUCAGCAUCCGGCGGAAACCGAACGAAUUCAUCAACUCAUUCGACUGGACCUCAUCGCUCUCGGAUCCGACGUUUUUCGCCGCACCGGUUACCUGUUUCCGGCAUGCACCGGGCUACGAAAUGUGGCCCAACGUGGUCAUCGGAAUGAAGGUCGAGGUGGAGAACACCGACAUCGAUGUUCAGCACUCGCUCAUCAGCGGAACACCGCACUCGUUCUGGGUGGCCACCGUCCUCCGGAUUUGCGGCUACAAGGCUUUGCUGCGUUACGAGGGAUUCGAUACGGAUUCGUCCAAGGACUUCUGGGUGAACCUUUGUUCGUCGGAAGUGCAUCCGGUCGGGUGGUGUGCAACGCGCGGUAAACCCUUGAUUCCGCCGAAAAGUAUAGCCAAACCGUACAAAGAUUGGAAGGAAUUUCUGGUGAAGCGUUUGUCCAACGCACGAACACUUCCUUCGACGUUCUACAACAAAAUAAGCGACAGUUUCAAGUCGCGCUUUCGGGUGGGUUUGAAUCUGGAAGUGGUGGACAAGAAUCGCAUCAGUCAGGUCAAGGUUGCUUCCAUCAAUAAGAUCGUUGGAAAGCGACUAUACGUGCGAUACUACGACAGCCCUCCGGAUGACAACGGGUUCUGGUGUCAUGAGGAUUCUCCGCUCAUUCAUCCCGUGGGAUGGGCCACCACCGUUGGACACAACCUUGCCGCUCCUGAGGAAUAUAUGGAUCGGAUGAAUGCCGCUCGCGAUCAGAUCCUGGAACCGAACGAAGACGACGCCACCAUGGACCUGUUCAAGACCAAUUUCCACUUUGAGGAGUACUACCUGGAAGGCAAGCAGACUGGCUUCGAGGAAGGUAUGAAACUGGAAGCCAUCGACCCGCUCAAUCUGUCGUCCAUCUGCGUGGCCACCGUCAUGUCGGUGCUCAAGUUCGGCUACAUCAUGAUCCGCAUCGAUUCGUACGACCCGGAUGCCAGCGGAGCGGAUUGGUUCUGCUAUCACGAAAAUUCGCCAUGUAUUUUCCCGGUGGGAUUCUGCGUAACGAACCAGAUCACGCUAACGCCUCCGAAAGGAUACGACUUGACGACGUUUACCUGGGAGCAAUACCUGGUGGACACGAACAGCAAACCGGCGACGGAGGAUCUGUUCCAUCGGAAUCUGAUCAGCCAAAAGUUCAAGGUCGGAAUGAAGCUGGAAUCGGCCGAUCUGAUGGACCCAAGACUGAUCUGCGUGGCGACGAUUUCCCGCGUCGUCGGUCGCCUCCUGAAGGUGCACUUUGACGGCUGGGACGACGAGUACGACCAGUGGCUGGACAGCGAAAGUCCGGAUAUCUACCCCAUUGGGUGGUGCGUGUUGGUCGGUCACAAACUGGAAGGACCGCGCAUACUGCCGAAGCUGCCGCCGACGCAGAAAAUCUCCCCCAAGACGACCAAAAAGGGCAAACGGAAGAAAAAAGUGAUGAAGUUCGAGCUGGCACCCACCGGAGAAAUGCACCCCCUUCCCACGACACGCACCGCCUCUGUUAAGAAAGAGCAGGAACAGUUCGAGCAGCAGAAACUUCUAAACGCAACCUCGGCCUCGAUCCCCUACUCGAUAGCGCAGCUGCAGAGUAACUUGGACCAAAUUCAGUACACCAACACGACGGCGGUCUCGAUGGAGUCGUCACACAGUGGUAGCACCACGACCGGCGGCAGUUCCUCGUCCCUCCUCUCGAUCAAGCACGAACCACCCCACGAGCCCAUGCUGGGACCGAUAUUCGAUCAUUCCUCCGAGAGCAUUGGCGUCGGGGACGACGAUAUGGGCGGACUCAAAACCGAAGACGAAGACGGUGAAUCGAACAGUGCCACCGGAAAUCCCUCGUCGGCUCCCUCGGAAAUCACCGACAUCGAGAUGGAGAAAAUCAUUCCAAGGCUGAUCAACAACGAACACGGAAGCGCAUCGCCGGAGCACGUCGGUCAGAUCGCUCCGGACAGUUGGGACGUAAAGGAUGUGGCCAUGUUCCUGACGGCCAACGAUUGCGCCAUGCACUGCGAACCAUUCAUGGCCAAUGGCGUCGAUGGCAAACGGCUCCUGCAGCUCAGCAAGGACGAAAUCAUUACCCUGCUGAACAUGAAGGUCGGCCCGUCCCUGAAAAUCUAUGAUCUCAUCCAGCAGUUGAAGUGCAAAAUCGAUCCCAGCAAAUCGCGGCUACUCAAGUCCAGCCUGGGAAAGAAAUAUCUGUAGUAGCAAUAAUGGCGGUGGAACAAGGAGGAAGGUAGGGGCUGGGGUGGGGGAUGUCGCCAGGGAGGGGAACACAAAAUACCCAAGAGUAUUAUUACUUAUUUCCUGUUCUUCAUUUGCGCCACCUGCUGAAUUUAAUUAGGAUUCAUUUUCGUUUUUACUAGUGUUUUUUUUUCGUGUAGCAAAGUUUAUAGGCUUUCUUAUUUUUUACAAAUUUCAAAGUACUCUUUCUGUUGUGAUGAAACGAAUCAAUCUUUUUUUUAAAUAGUGUCCAGGAGGAUUCCAAAGCUUUUUUGUGUCGUAGUUGAGGGGUCAGUUCGUGCGCGAAACAAAACUAAAGGACUGCCUUUUUCCAGUGAGCAGCGGGAGGGAACCAGAGAAAGCAAUGUACCAAAAAACAAAACCCGAACAGAACACGAUAAAAAAAAUAAUAAUGAAUGACACACCGGUCGCGUUUUGGGAGAAGGCUGGCCAGAUAGAUAGAUGAUGGUGGGAGACGAUGAGUGCAGCGAACUCUUUGCUCGAAUUGCUUAUAAAUAACAAUACAAACAAAAAUCUGCAUAGAAAGUAUACACGCGAAACUGUAUAAAGGUAAACAAAAAAUCUAAAAAGCUAACGUAAAUAGUAGUAUGAUGGUUCAGAAUUUAUUAGAAUAUCUUUUUUACGAGAAAAGAGAAAGUAAACAAGUAUAUUUAGUAUAGUGAAGAAAUGGAAAGAAAUACAAAUCAAAGAAGUGAUGUUUCUUGAGAAA